AUGGCGAAAACCGCAAAACUCAAGAAGAAGCAAACAACGGUCCACUCCCGCGCCGCCCGUCGCGCCGUCUCUCCCUCCAUAAAUCUCGACAAGACUGUGAAAGAUCUACCCAAAACCACCACCGACCCAUCAGAGCCCAAACACCAUGUCCUCUCCGCACAAAAGGCCGGAAUCCAAAAGGCAAAGAAGGGCAACCUCAAGCGUUCGCAAAGACUGCGACACCAAAAGGGAUUGGAGCGUGGCGCGGAUAACAUGGAUAAGCUGGAACUGAAGCGCAUCAAGAGUUUUGGCCGGGAGCUGAAGGUCAAGGAGAGAGCAAAGGGGUGGGAGGAUGUCAACGGAGUCGCGACAAAGAAGACGAAGAAGGGGACGUUUGACGUCCUUGAUGAUGAGGCAGACGAUAAAGCGGAGAGGGAGUGGGUUAGCGACGAUGAGAUGGAUGACGAGGUC